UCAUUACGUAAAGACAAAAUCUAGCUUUUAAUUCCAAAGAAAAAAUUUAAGUAAAAAUCAAAUUUGUUUUUAUAAACUGAUGAAGAAAAUUUUUUAGCGGCGCUUAAAAAAAAAAAAGCGUUUCAAGCCUUUCCACUGGACCAUACCUUCAGCCAAACCCUCAAGUGGCCACAGUGCUAACAAAUCUAGACGAUUCUUUAACAAAUUAGCUAUGUAUGCUCCCUGCGCAAAGACUUGUCUGCUGGAUGAUCGCGAUGCUAAAACCAAGCUUGCGCGUAUUGUGACAUUUUACAACGGGGUUAAAGUGCCCAUUAUAGGAAUCUCCACUGCAGAGAUUGAGCCGCACAUCACAACGCGCUGCGUAAGGGAAGCUAUCGAAAGCGGACUACGUCAUAUAGACUGUGCGCCGAUAUUUUGUAAUCAAGAAGAGGUUGGACAAGCUAUAAAAGAGAAAAUCGAUGAGGGUUUCAUAAAGAGGGAGCAACUUUAUGUUUCCAGCAAGCUUUGGAAUACGCGACACAACCCCAAAUGGGUGCGUCGCGCUUUGGAGGAAACUUUGAAGCAACUGAAAUUGGAUUAUCUCGAUAACUACGUUAUGCACUCCCCCAUGGGUUUCCGUGAUAGUCUUGUAAAUUAUCCGCGCAACAACAGAGGUGAGCUGCUGUUUUCCGAUGUCGACUAUGUGGACACGUGGCAUGCAAUGGAGUCGUUGGUUGAUGACGGUCUGGUACGUUCAAUUGGCUUGGCCAAUUUCAACGCCGAACAAAUUGCCCGUAUACUGGAAGUGGCCAGGGUAGCACCGGCCAAUUUGCAAGUGGAAUGUCAUCCAUAUUUGACACAGAAAAACUUAAUGGAUUUUUGCUGUAAGCAUAAUAUGGUUUUUAUGUGUUAUCAACCAACGGGACCGACGAGGAAAAAAGCCGACACACGUAUUAUUCCACUGAAGAGUCAUCCGAAAAUUGUAUGUUUAUCAAAGAAAUAUGAUAAAAAUCCCGUGGAAAUAUUAAUGCGUUAUCAAGUGCAACGCGGCAAUGUGGUACUCAUAAAGGCGACAAAUAAGGACCAAAUGAAACAAAAUGUGAAUAUUGAAAGCUUUCAGUUGUGUAGGAAAGAUAUGAAAAUGCUGGAUUUGAUGAACUGCAACUUCCGGAACAACUUGAUUUCUAGCGCUACUGGACAUCCACAUCAUCCUUUUGAAAAUGAUUGCAGUUAAGUCAGCGCUGUUAUUGAAUACCAACUACAACCGCAGCCAAAAUGCGAACCGGAUAUAAAUAACUGCAAUGUGUUUACAGCAACAAGAAAAUAUAAAAGGAGAAGGCAAUGCUAAUAGAAAUCAAAGAAAGUCAAUAAUAAAUAAAUUUAACAAAUAUUUUUUCAA